CUAUACAUGGGUAUGAGGCACUGCGAAAAAGAGAAGCACACCCCAAACACUCACCUGGCACUUUUCAUUGUGUACCAUGGAGACUAAGGAGGAGAAGAAGGAGCGGAGACAAGGCUAUUUUGCCCGGUUGAAAAAGAAAAAGCAAGCCAAACAAAAUGCUGAGACAGUCACUUCUAAUUCUCGUGGAACCACUGCUUCCAGAACUCAGGUUGGGAAGAAUGAUGGCAGUAAGGUCAUUUUGGAGCAAAUCAGUUCUGAAGACAACUGCAAACUUGCUGAGGAAAAGGAGGAAUGUGUCACUGAAGAAGAGAAGAAAAAGAAAAAAUAUAAUCAACUAAAAGAUAUCAGGCGCACAGAGCUGAAAAGAUACUAUAAUACUGGUGAAUAUUGCAACAUCUGCCCUUCUCCCGCUGCUGCGGCUGCCACAGAGAAAAGAGCUGUAUGCAAAUUUCCCCAAGAAUGCAGCAGUGUUGAAAGCGAUGAGACUUUGUCUUCUGGGUACAAUUCGGCAAAUGGAGACAGCUGCGAGUCCUUACCUGAAGUUGUGGCCUGUGAUCCAAGCAGUUUGAACAACCCGCUAGAGGUUAUGCACAGUCUUUCUGUUCACAAGCAUUUCUCCUGGUGUGUUGACUACAGACAGCCUUACCUUUUGCUAGAUGACAAUCAAAACAAAACCAAUGAAAAGAAAGAGAAGAAAAUGGUUACUCAGAAGCCCCUUGGAACUAUAGAAUAUACUGCAGGAAGUCAGGACACCCUAAACAGCAUAGCAUUGAAAUUUAACAUCACUCCAAACCGACUUGUGGAACUCAAUAGGCUGUUCACACACACAAUUGUUCCAGGGCAGAUUCUCUAUGUCCCAGAUACUGAUCACCAUUCCAGUGCUUCUAGGUUAGCGUCUUCCAGUCCUGGUGCUCCUGUUUCUCCUUCAUCAUCAGAUGCUGAAUAUGAUAAACUUCCUGAUGCUGACUUGGCAAGAAAGGCCUUCAAACCAAUUGAGCGAGUCCUGUCAUCUACCUCGGAGGAAGAUGAACCAAUAGUUGUCAAAUUUUUAAAAAUGAACUGCCGUUACUUCACAGACGGUAAGGGUGUAGUUGGGGGUGUCAUGAUAGUGACUCCAAACAACAUCAUGUUUGACCCACAUAAAUCGGAUCCUCUGGUAAUUGAGAAUGGCUGUGAAGAGUAUGGGCUCAUCUGCCCUAUGGAGGAGGUUGUCUCGAUAGCCCUCUACAAUGAUAUCUCACACAUGAAGAUUAAAGAUGCCCUGCCAUCUGACAUUCCAAAGGAUCUUUGUCCUUUGUACAGGCCAGGAGAGUGGGAAGACCUUUCCUCUGAGAAAGAUAUCAACCCUUUCAGCAAAUUCAAGUCCCUGAGCAAGGAAAAGAGGCAGCAAAGUGGGGAUGAUUCCAAAUCAAUGAAGCCUUUGGACAAGGAGAAAUCUGCAGAUUUUGAACUUCUUAAGCCUUCUGACAGCACUAUUUCAAUGGAAGCUAAGUCACUGGAACUUCCCAAUGGCAUGGCCUCUGCUGAAGCAUCUGAAAGGUCUGCUGUAGGGGCACAUACCAAGGAACCUUCUGGGGAAAAAGCUGCUUCAGACUCCAAAACCAAAGAACGUUCCCUUAUAGAAGGAGGAGAUGAUGACUUCAUUGAACUCCAAGAGACUGCAUCUCUUACAAAUACCAGAUUAGACAGAAAAGAUGCAGUAACAGAGAGUUUUUCUUUUGACCCCAAGGAGUUGGGGAAAGCCAGGUCGCAAGUAACCAAAUCUGUUUCAGAAGUCCAGGACCUACUGGCAUUUGAUUCCUUGGGCACAAAGAAUGAUGUUGAACCCAAAGCUGAUCUAGACUCAGAAUCAUGCGAGAAGCAAGAUGUCAUGCCAGAAGUAAACAAGUGUGCCAGUUCCCCGACAGGUAAGGUGGAGACUACACUGGACAUUCAGAAGGAGCUAGAUAAAAACAAACUUAUUGAGUUUUACCUCAGUAAAGAUAAAGAUGGGUCACAGUCUUCUGAAAACCUACAUGAGGCUGGAAUCGCUGAAGGUGAAAAUAAUAAAGCAACAGGCGUAGACCUCACACUUAGCUGUUCAGAGUCCCAAGUUAACAAACUUCUUAAAGUUAAAAGUGACAAUUCAAGCUGCAUUGAAAGGAAAGAGCCUUCACUGGAAGUCUGUUUGGAUGCAGUGGAGGAAAAGGAUCUUAAAGAGUCUGUGAAAUCUUCAUCGGUACCAUCUCUGGACAAUGUGUGUCAAGAAACACAGUUGGACAAUAAUUCAGAAAUCAGAUUAUGGCUGUUACAGAGAAUUCAAGUACCAAUUGAAGAUAUGCUUCCUUCAAAAGAGGAGAAAAGCAAGACCCCUCCAAUGUUCCUGUGUAUCAAAGUGGGCAAGCCCAUGAGAAAGUCCUUUGUUACUCAAAGCACCACCAUGGCACAGCAGUAUGGUAAAAGAAGAAAGCAGCCGGAGUACUGGUUUGCUGUUCCUCGGGAAAGGGUAGAUCAUCUGUACACAUUUUUUGUUCAGUGGUCACCAGAAGUAUAUGGAAAAGAUGCCAAAGAACAAGGUUUUGUAGUGGUGGAAAAGGAAGAGCUUGAUAUGAUAGACAACUUCUUCAGUGAGCCAUCAACUAAAAGCUGGGAGAUUUGCUGAUGUAUCUCUGGUCUG